CAAAACUAAAGCUAAUAGAUGAAUCAUAUGCAAGUCUUAUAUCAAUUUUUUUUUAAGAGAUAUAUUACUAGAUUUUCUAGUGCAGAUGAUCAAAUUAUGCUUUAAAUGAAUGUGGUUAUUGAAGACUUGGCCUUUUCAGUUGAUAAAUUAGAGAACGUCUAUGGAGUAGUGUUCGGCAACUUUGAAAGAUGUUUUGGCCAAUUACAACAUGGCCUUCUUUUGAAAUGGAAGAAUCUCAGCUUAUUUAUGGCCAGCGAGUCUGGAUUGAAUGAUUUUUCAAGAUUAAAGUUUCCUUCCAGCUUAAAAACCUUCCCGCUUAGUUGUUGUAAGGACAUAGAUCUUUCAACAUUGGUAAUCCCAAGCUUUCAUUUGCAUUUCUCACUCUAACAAAUACCAAUUGUUUUGUAUAAUUUUGCACCCAAAUCUCAAUUAAUUCGCGAAAUGUUGUUUUUUACACUUCAUAAUAUAUAAC